CUUGAACGGGUCACAUGCUUCAGGCUGUUGCUGUGGAUCCAUCAUGGCUCUUCGGUGUGUGGCUGCGCUCAGCCUGCUUGCUGUGGCAGCAGGUCGCUUCCAGGGAUUCAGGAGAGGGAAUGUGCUGCAUGAUCCCCCCCAGGGGGCUGAGUCUGAGGAGCUGUGGUUCACUCAGAGACUGGAUCACUUCAACGGGGCAGACAGCAGAGUGUGGAAGCAGAGAUACUUCACUAACGAUGCCUUCUACCAGCCUGGAGGCCCCGUGUUUCUGAUGAUUGGUGGGGAGGGCCCUGCUAACCCCGCAUGGAUGAAGGAAGGCACCUGGCUCACCUACGCUAAGGAAGUGGGAGCCCUCUGCUUCCUGCUGGAGCACCGUUUCUACGGGAAGAGUCACCCCACGACGGACCUCAGCACGUCCAGUCUGCGCUUCCUCAGCAGCCGCCAAGCUCUGGCUGACCUGGCCCACUUCCGUACAGUGAUGGCGGACAGCCUGGGGCUGAGCAACAGGAAGUGGGUGGCGUUCGGGGGGUCGUACCCGGGGUCCCUGGCUGCUUGGUUCAGGCUGAAGUUCCCCCACUUGGUUCAUGCUGCCGUGGCCACGAGCGCACCACUGUUGGCCACAGUCAACUUCCCAGAGUACCUGGAGGUGGUGUGGCGUUCGCUGGCCUCAGAAAGUGCAGAUUGCCCCGUGUUGGUGAAACAGGCUUCAGAUGCCCUGGCGGAACGUCUGAAGGACCCCAAAACCUUUGAAAACAUCACCAAAGACUUCAAAUUGUGUUCCCCGCUGCAGAUCCAGUCAGAGUCUGACUCCGCCUACUUCCUGGAAACCCUGGCUGGGAACUUCAUGGACGUUGUCCAAUAUAACGAAGACAACCGAGGAUUCGAGGGGGUUCAAGGCACCAAUGUAACCAUCAAGGUGCUGUGCGGCGUAAUGGGAAACACCUCGAUGGGAGAUCCUUACAGCCGCUAUGUUGCUGUGGCCCGCCUCAUGAUGGACACCUUCUCUAUGAAAUGCCUGGACAGCAGCUUCAAUAACUACGUCAGAGACAUGACCAACACGUCCUGGGAUGGGCCGGCUGCGGAGGGAGGGAGACAGUGGGUCUACCAGACCUGCAGUGAGUUUGGAUUCUACCAGAGCACAGACUCCCCAAACCAGCCAUUCACAGGCUUCCCUCUUGGUUAUCAAGUGAAACAGUGUGCAAGAUUCUACAACAUCAGUGCUGAGGAGGUGGCAGAAGCUGUGGCCCAGACCAACGAGUACUACGGUGGCUAUAACAUCCGCUCCAGCAGGAUAGUGUUCCCCAACGGGUCCGUCGACCCCUGGCACGCUUUGGGAAUCACUCAGGACAUCACAGCUGAGCUUCCUGCCGUCUUUAUUAAAGGGACGGCUCACUGCGCCAACAUGUACCCAGCGAGGAGCCAAGAUCUUCCACAGCUGUCUGAGGCUCGAGAUCACCUCCUCCUGCUCCUCCAGCAGUGGUUGAAGCGAUGAGCGUCUCUCUGCUUAAAGAAGCAAACGCAUCGAUCCUGAUUUCUGAAAUUAAGAACCAGUUUCCUUUCACUGCUGCCAAAUUUUAAGCUCCUUGAAAUCUUGAAAUGCGUCUUUGCACAAGUUGAGAAGUUUUUUGUUCUGAAUGAGUUCAAGCUUUGAUUUAAUAAAGUUUUUUUUUCUUAUUGAUACCAA